AACAACCGCAAAAAAAAAAAAAAAAAAAAAAAAAAAACCCUCCCUGAUCCUCGAAACUGAGGAGGGAAAAAAACAAUAAAAAAGGAAAACAGCAGGCGUUUCUUUAAGUUCUAACUCGUCUCUGUACCAAUUACAACUCAACUCAACCACAUCCGCAGCCAACAAUCAAACACUCACCUGAAUCUCCGCACAAAAUUCCCUCGUUACCCGAAACCAAAGACCAGAACCUUUCACAUUACCCCUGAGGCACUCCUGCAAUUUCCUCCAGGAGUCUACCAGGCAUGGGAAUUCCCGCCGACGAUGUCGUUUUGAUACAACAAGGUAACAGCCCUCAUGACCCCACCAUCGUCACCGUCAAUUGCCCUGACAAGUCUGGACUUGGAUGUGAUCUCUGCAGAAUAAUUCUCGAGUUUGGGCUGCACAUUACUCGUGCAGAUGUUCAAACGGAUGGAAAGUGGUGUUACAUAGUAUUAUGGGUGGUUCAACUUCAACAUUCAAAUUUGCUUAGACUUGAUUGGGAUAGCUUGAAAAACCGGCUCUUGAGAGUGUCUCCUCCGUGUUUGACUCCCCUUUAUUAUGAUCAGAAACUGAAUGGUUCCUCGGCUGCUCCUUCUGUAUAUCUGUUGAAGUUUUGCUGUGUUGACCGGAAAGGAUUAUUACAUGAUGUUACUGAAGUUCUAACUGAGCUUGAAUUUACAAUUCAAAGACUGAAAGUGAUGACAACACCAGAUGGGAAAGUUGUAGACUUGUUCUUCAUUACAGAUGGAAGGGAGCUCUUACACACGAAAAAAAGGCGAGAUGACACGUGUCGAUAUUUGUGUGAUGUCUUCAGAGAAUAUUGUAUUGGGUGUGAACUUCAGUUGGCAGGUCCUGAAUGUGAUACUCAGCGGAAUUUAUCUUCCCUCCCUUUGGUAGUUGCAGAAGAAUUGUUUAGUUGUGAGCUGUCAGAAAAGGAAUCCUGUAUGCAAGCACUUAGGACGGCUACAACAUCACCAAAGAAGGCCAUCGUUACAGUGGAUAAUCUUUUGAGCCCAGCUCAUACAUUGCUUCAAAUACAAUGUGUUGAUCAAAAAGGUCUAUUUUAUGACAUCUUGAGAAUUUCAAAGGACCUGAAUAUCCAGGUAGCUUAUGGAAGAUUCUCGUCUAGCAUAAAAGGAUACCGUAACAUGGAUCUAUUUGUUCAGCAAACAGACGGGAAGAAGAUAUUGGAUCCUAAGCUUCUAGACAAUCUUUGUUCUCGAUUGAAGGAGGAGAUGCUUCAUCCAUUGCGAGUGAUCAUUACCAACAGAGGCCCAGAUACCGAGCUCUUAGUUGCUAACCCUGUUGAGUUAUGUGGCAAGGGAAGACCGCGUGUAUUUUAUGAUGUUACUUUAGCUCUGAAAAAGCUGGGAAUAUGCAUUUUUUCGGCUGAAAUCGGAAGGCACUCAACUCAGGAUCGCCAGUGGGAAGUCUACAGAUUCCUCUUGGUUGAAAAUGGUGAAUUUCCAUUAGCAAGUGGUCAAGCCAGAAAUCAAAUGGCAGCCGGAAUUAGAAGAACAUUAAUGGGCUGGUAGAUGAUCCACUGCAAACCACAUUGAUGGUGAAAAUAGUUUUGCCUUCUCCAAGGUGUACCGUCCUCACUGGUUGGACAUAUCUGCACUGCAAUGUUGUCCCUAAUUGCCGAUUAUUGAGAUCAUGCAGCAAGAUAACCUAUUCUCUGUAGCCAAGCUUCUUGCUGUAACUAUUCUCUCUUGCUAUUAAAAUUUGUAGUGUUUCAUUUCCAUCGUCUGCAAUGUAUCAAAGAAGCAUCUGUGGCGUCUUCGGAAAAUGCAGAAGGCAAUCCCUUUCUAGUGAAAUUGUAGAUUAUGUAUAAA